AUUAGUGGCGCAUAUAAUUUAUUAGGCUAAAAUUCCCGCAGAAAUCCCUCUCUGUUAUUCAAUGGUUGAUUCUACCUAAUUCUACUCAAUCGUGGGAUCAAAUUGUAGACUUCCAAGUACUUUUGGCGUGCUUUUGUGUAUAUUUGAAAAAAAUGUGUACUAUUUGUGUACUUUCUUUCUCGCGGAUUAUUUUGUACUUUCCCCCAAAAUUUCGGAUUAUUUUGUACUUUGGACUCAAAUUCUGUGCACUUUCUCAAGUCCCGUUUCUGGCAGCCCUGGUAAAAUGAGUUUAAUGAGUGCAAAGUGUGGAUUAUUUGCGAAGCUCUUGAUGCUCAUUUUGUGUAUAUUUUGAAAAAUUCGAACAGCUGAAUGGCAGCACUGGCAUUAUCAUCAUAUGAAAUAAGAAUACUUUAGUACAUGAUUCAUUUACUACAUUACAUGAUUUACGCUUAUUACUGAUAGCACAUAAACAGUGUGUACAUUUCUGUAACCCAUCUCCGAUGUUAGAGCAUGUUAAGUCCCCUUGGAGUUGGGGAGCAACAAACUGAAAACCGGAAAGAAAGGAAAUCGAAAGAAAAGAACCGCAUGGUACCGGUUGACAGGUUGAGUUUUCUCCAUCAAGCUUCUCAGUCUCGUAAUAAGUUCACCUUGUCGUUGUCCCUAAUUUCCUUUGGUUUUCCCAAUGGAGCGACCAGGUCAAGAUCGUGUCGCCAGAGCAGUUGUAGAUUAUCUAAAUCGUCGCUACUACACAGAUGCGGAGGACCUGAAAGAUUUGGAAAUUCAUGCAAGCGUAACUGACAAGCAAAUGGCUUUGUUUGCUAGUGCAGAUAAAGAUGCAUCUAGGUUGAAUUCUGUUGUGUUCAGCAGUGUCAGAAAUGAUGUUGUUCAAAUGGAUGAUCAAUUUUCCAA